AUGACAGACACCUACGAUAUCGAAAUGAACUCUAAUGAGUUGGACGCCAUGAUAGUGGAUGAGGUCGAGCCUAAACCAGCCGUUAAGCGGAAGGGGCGUGGAUUCAAAAAUGAUUCAAAAGAAUCGCGUGAUGGGGUUCGUUCGUCUGACAAAUACGAUCAGUUUGAGUCAACUACCGAAGAAGACGCUGCUGCUGGACGUGCUCAAAGAUCUGUAGAAGGAUGGAUUGUACUUGUAGUUGGUUUACAUGAGGAAACGACCGAAGACGAAGUCACAGAUAAAUUCGCCGACUUUGGCGAGAUUAAAAAUCUGCAUUUGAAUUUGGAUCGGAGGACUGGUUUCGUCAAGGGCUAUGCACUUGUUGAAUAUGAAACCUAUAAAGAAGCAAAAAAUGCUAUAGAUAAUGUCAAUGGAUCAAAAUUUCUUGGUCAAACGUUACAUUGUGACUUUGCAUUUAUUCGACCUCCCCUUGGCAGUGGAGAGAAAGAUAGAGAACGUAGCAAUGUAAGAAAUAGAUUCAGUAGACGGCGAGGACGGUCUGCUAGUCCUCCAAAGAGAAAUUCUCCUGCCUUGGUUAGUGUUGACCCACGUAGAACGCACACAUUUAAACGACGGCGCAGCACUUUAGAGACAACAAGUAUGUUACGUAGAAAUGUAGAACGUGCACUCGUAUUACUUGGCGGAACUACAUUGGGUAUAUUCGGAUAUGAUCAAUAUCAAAAGAGCAAACUGACAAGUGUUGCAUUGCCACCCCCAACGGCGACGCCUGUUACUGUGAGUCCCAAGUUACGAAAAGUAGCUGAAGAUAUACUUGCAUAUGGACACCCCGGACCCGUUAAUGACGCAAUCUUCAGAAGCGGAUAUGUGGGCACAUAUAGUAGGCAAUUAAGGAAUCCGAUAUGGAUUGCUGAGCACCUUACGGCGACAACUCUUAAACAAGAGGAAGGAGUAGACCGUAGCAAAUCAAUAUUUCAAGAAGAUCCUGCUAUUCCAUAUAAAUUCAGAGCAAAAUUAACCGAUUAUUUUCGUUCUGGAUAUGAUCGCGGUCAUAUGGCUCCUGCUGCUGACGUCAAGUUUUCUCAAGACGCUCUUUCUGAAACUUUCUAUCUAACGAAUAUUGCCCCGCAAGUUGGAGAGGGCUUUAACAGAGCUUACUGGGCGCAUUUGGAAGAAUUCUGUCGUCGCCUUAUUAAAAACGAAGGGUUUACAGAUGUUUAUGUAUAUACUGGACCGCUCUAUCUCCCACAGGAAGAGAAUGGAAAGAAAUACGUGAAGUACGAAGUUAUAGGAGCAUCAGGUGUUGCAGUUCCAACUAGCUUUUUCAAAGUCAUACUAGCCAAACGAUCAGAAAACACUUUGGCGAUGGGUGCGUUCGUUCUGCCAAACGAGCCAAUACCAGACGACAUUCCGUUAGAGCAGUAUGUAGUGGCAGUUGAAGAUGUCGAGAGAAUGUCGGGUUUGACGUUCUUUGACAAGGUCGACAAAAACGCGGUUGUCCCAUUAUGUUCUGCAACUAAAUGUGUGCUUGUGCCCAAUCCAAAGUGGGUUCAGAGUAGGAUUAAUAACAAGGAAACACGAAUGAUCAAGUAG